CCCAAACAUACCACUUCAACUAUCAUCCUCCAGCAACAUCACAAUCAUGAAUCCCCUCCUUCACCGCCGUCCCAGCCCAACCAGUCGCAUCUACGCCUGGUGCGGCUUCAGAUCCGAUGGACUGAACAUUUUCACUGCUCGAGCUCCUGUUCGCGCGAGGAGGAAUUCGCCAGGCGAGCAUGACUUUUACACGUUUACACUUGUCAGGAACCCCGGGCAACUGCCCCUCAGUUACGCCAGACGGCGCCGACACGUCGGAAGACGAAGCAGAAGCCAAACCCCCGGUCGCCCAGAGGGAAACGUACACGCACGAGAGAUUGUGCAUGAUACGUUUCCUCAGGGACGAUCUGGAGAGCGACUGGCGCUCAGUCGCCAGGAUGUACAACGAUACAAGAAAGCGGUACCCACCGCCAACCGCCGCUGCGUUUGCAGUCAUUAACUCAAACUCGGAAACCGAAGAAGUCAAACAGCACUGUGGGUGGAUUGAGGUUACCACCCGUGCCCCGGCGCCCCCGGUGCCCCGGCGCGCUCACUCUUAUCACUGCCGCGCUUGCGGUCAUCGUGAUCUGAAACUGGAAAACAAGGAAAGAGAGGAGGAUAGUGAACGGUCUGAUAAGGCCUAG